UAAAUUUGCCAGCACCAUAGUGCACACAUCCUAUUGUAGCCUCCUUUACACACAAGACUAACAGGCUCAGCAUCACAUGACGAGUCCUCGAUAAACUGACUGACCAACAAGCAGCAGUUUCUAUUCUGUAGCUAACAUUCAUCAGGACCAUGGAGGAGAUUGAGAAAGAUGGAGAUUAUGAGAGUAUCUAUAUGAAUAUAGAUGAUAUUGAAAAAAAAGAUGAGAGUGACAGCAUCUAUCUGAACAUUGCAGCAGAGAAAACAGGUUCUGAGGCUGUUUCUGAGGGGAGGCAGGUGCGCUCUGGUAGGCCAGCUGCAGUGUGUCUGGCGCUGCUGUGUGUUCUCCUGCUGGCUGUAAUCACAGGCCUGAGUAUAAAACAUUAUGCAGAGAGAGAGCAGUUACGGAACAGGUACAACAACGUGACUAUGGAGAGAGACCAGUUACAGAGCAGCUUUAUCAACAUAACUAAGGGGAAAGACCAGUUAUGGAGCUCUAAUAAUGACAUAACUAAACAGAGAGACCAGUUACAGAACAGAUAUGUCAGCAUAAGAAAGGAGAGAGACCAGUUAUUGGAUGCUAACAACAGGCUGGCUAUAGAGAGAAACAAGCUACAGACCAGCUAUGAAGUCCUGUCCAAGGAAAGAGAAGAACUUCAGAGGCAGCUCACAGAGAAGGCUUGUCCAUCUGGAUGGACAAAGUUCAUGUCCAGCUGUUACUACGUUUCCUCCCAUGGGCAAACCUGGGAUCAAAGCAGGCAGGACUGCAGAAUGAAAGGAGCAGACCUGGUGAUCAUCAACAGCAGAGAGGAACAGGUAUUUGUCUCUGGACUUGGAAAGAUUUUGUGGAUUGGUCUGACUGAUCAGGCCACUGAGGGGCACUGGAAAUGGGUGGAUGACACAUCAUUAGGAACUGGGUACUGGUUGCCUGGUGAGCCGAAUAACGCAGGGUAUGUCUCUCAAGAGGAUUGUGCUGAGGUUGUUCCUCAUGUUGGCUCCAGUGACACACUAUCCAGCUGGAACGAUGUUUCAUGCAGCAAUGUCCUUUCUUGGAUAUGUGAAAAGAAGAUGCGUUGCACAGCUGAAUAA